CGUAGUCUGGUCUAAACCUUUUGGCACCAUCGUUCAAACAUAUUUUUGGUAAUUUACCAUAAAAAAUAUAUUAUGUAAAAAUUAAUGAAUAUUAUUACAACGUGAAUCACUUUCUUUGAGGCAUUAUAACGUUCGAAUUUUAAAGUAUUGAUCAUUAAAACUGGGUAAUUGUAUUGAAACUACUGCUGUUAUACAGCACAAAAUUGCUGAAUCCAUCAAGGGUGUAAAAAUGCCUGUGAAACUUUUCUAUUUGCCUGAGAGUCCACCCUGUCGCACGGUUUUGCUAUGUGGGCGACUCUUGAAUGUUAAUUUUGACCUCAAAGUCGUAAAUAUUCUCAAUGGAGAGCAGCUUAAACCUGAAUUCAUACAAUUAAAUCCUCAGCACUGCAUUCCAACCAUGGAAGACAAUGAUCUCGUGCUUUGGGAGAGCCGAGUAAUUCUAAUGUAUUUAGUGUCAGCUUAUGCAGAAGAUGACACUUUGUACCCCAAAGAUCUCCAAAAACGAGCGAUGGUUGAUCAACGAAUUCAUUUUGACCUAGGGACUCUCUACCAAAGAGCAGGAGACUAUUUUUUUCCUACACUUUUCUUUGGGGCCCAUUUGGAUGAAACGAAAAAAGCUCGCCUGGCUGAGGCAUUAGGAUGGCUUGAAGAUAUUCUCAAAGGUCGUACUUGGGUAGCAACGGAAAACUUUACUAUUGCGGAUCUCAUUCUUUGUGUAACUAUAUCGCAAAUUGAGGCUUUUGGAUUUGAAUUAGGACCCUACCCAAAGAUAAGAGCCUGGUUCCAACUGUGCAAAGAAAAACUGGAGCCUUAUGGAUAUGAAGAAAUUAAUGAAGCCGGAGCAAACGCUCUUGCAGACCUUUUUAGAUCUAAAUUAAAUUGAUUGUUGUUGUGAAUAUAAUUUUUGAGCAAAA